GUUUUUAUUUUUCUUAUCUCAUUUGUUUUUCUCUUUUUCUUGUCUUUACAUUAUUAAUAUUUGGGCCUUGAAAAGCCCAUGAAAAGAGAGGUCAUGUUUUUAUUUUAUUAUCAUUUAAUUGCUUUCUAUUCUAUGAUUCUCUUUGAGCUAAUAGCUAUACUCUGCAAUGAAACUGCAACGUUGGAGCUGUAAAACGGCAAUUACGUCCAUGAAAUGCAGCUAUCAUAGUGGUUCUCAGGGUCUUUCUGAAGUCAAACUGAGCAGUGAAAAAUUAAUGUCAAACUUACUUAACAGAAAAUGGAUGUUGCAGCUUCCUAAUACUGAAAUCCACCAAAUAAGGCUUUCUCUGGCUCAAGGACUACAUAGAGAAGGACUAUUUGGUGACAUGUCUUUUCUAAACGAUUCUCACCCAUUUUUUGGUGAUCACAUGAUGAAGAAAGACAGUCGACAUCCAUCCUUCUAUAUUGUGAGGGACGAUCUGUUGCAUCCCUUAGUAAAUGGUAAUAAGGCGAGAAAACUAGAUGGAUUGAUUCCACUCCUUGUGAAUCAUUCAGUGACUGAUGUGGUUACAUGUGGAGGUUGUCAAAGUGCACAUGCAGCAGCUGUUGCUGUUUCAUGUGCCGAGAUAGGGCUAAAGUCACAUUUGCUUCUAAGAGGGGAGCAGCCUGAAGUUUUGACUGGCUAUAACCUGAUUUCAUCAGUAUAUGGAAAAGUAACUUAUGUCCCAAGGCAUCUUUAUGCCCAUAGGGAGAGUAUGCUGAAAAUCCAUGCUGAUUUGGUGGCAGGAAAUAAUGGUCAGGUUUUAUGGUGUAAUGAUAUCCUUGAGACUAUUUUCACAAGCCAGACAUAUAGUUCUUUGGACAUGAGGACAAUGGAUGCUUGUAAAAAUGUAGAGAACCAUUCAAAGAGGGUUUUAAUUGUCAAUGAAGGAGCAGGGGAUGUCGUGGCAUUAUUAGGUGCCAUUCGCCUGGUGGAGUACUUGUGCCAAAGUCAUUUGUUUGGAAAAAAAAGACGUGUAAAAUUGAUUGUAGAUGCUGGUACUGGUACAACAGCUAUUGGUUUGGGACUUGGAGCCUUGUGUUUGGGGGUUCCAUGGGAGGUAACUGCUGUCGUCCUGGUUGAUACGAUUGAUGCAUUUAAACAAAGGGAGAAAUGCUUGGUUUCUAAUUUCAGAACACGAUUUGGUUUUAAUCUUAUUGACCAUUGCUUAAAUGAAGUAAAUACUGGAGUUGUUCAUUGGGUAGAACGCAACCGUAAGAGGAAAUUUGGCAAUGUUUUGGAAGGAGAGAUGGAGGCAUGCCAGCAGAUUGCACAACAGACUGGCAUUCUAGUGGAUCCAGUGUAUACCUUAGCCGCUUGGGAAAUGGCAGCUCAUAUGAGUAAGGAGGAAAGGGAAGGAGAUGCAGACAUAGUAAUGCUUCACACAGGUGGAACUCUUGGCAUGUUUGGAUUAGCACAAAGGUAUAAAACUUACUUUCACAGUCUCAAAGAUUGAGUACCCUCCUUUGUAAAAAACCUGAAAAUGCUUCAUCUUUGUUUUUUGUUUCCUGUAAAUCAGAAAAUUCUGGUUGUAUUGUAGAAUUUAUUUUCUCAUUCUUGUAAUCCAGAGAUUUAUUAUUAGCUCUGAACAUUCUCUUGCAAGUUGUUGUCAACGAAUUCUGAGAACCUUGUUUUUGUCCGAGUCACUUUCGUUUGUUUAUAUGAAAACACGCAUAGAAUUCACUUGAAAA